AUGGCUCCUAAUUCUAAUCUUACUUCCAGUCACCAGACCGCUAAUCAGCGCUUAUAUCGCCGAUCCGUAGCUUCACCUUACUCACCAUUUGGAUCUCCAACACCACUACCAGCGACGCCACCUCAACCGCAAGACCCACCUAUUUGCGACCUUUUUGCUACUCUAUUAUUCAACCGCCAAAAAGCCUACCAGACCAGAUCGUGUGUCCCACCAGCACCACCAUCAGCACUGUUUGCCGAAGCAGAAAAGAUAACGCCAACCAAACGACACGCUGAGGUUCAGAUUCAACAUACCUCGCCAAUAUCUUCGAAACCCCAUGUACACAAAGAGGAAGAAGGAUAUACCCUCCAAGAUCACGUUCCAUUGCCUGGCAACUGGAAGCCCGCUAUGCUAUCGAAGACACCUACAGUGAACAGAAAACGUGGCCGGCCUGCUAAGCAAACACCGGCUAAGGACGCUGGAAAAACCACAACAGAGAAACCAAGGAAGCGGGCUGCGCCAGCACGCGUGCUACCUCGAGCAGCCAAGCGUCAAAAGCCUGAGGCAAACACCAAACAGAAGCUCAAUCAUACGGGCAGCAUGGGCCACAGUAUGACGACUGCAUUGAUGGCAAAGUCUGACGAAGAUAUUGAGAUCAUCACGAUAUCAGACAGCGAAGACGAAGGGUAUAAGCCUACGCGAAGAGGAGGCAUUGGCCACAAAGAGGGUGGGAAUGCAGAUUUCGGUGCGCCGAAGAUAAACAUCCAUGAGGAGGAGGACGACGUCAAGCCUGAUAUCCCCACUCUUGCAGCGAACCCUGAAUCCAUUCAGCCUGCAUUAAUGCGAAGCCCUUUUGUUCCUCUUGACCAAGCUCCCAGAUGGGCUUUCAGCGGCCCUGAUGCCUCGGAGAGCGAAUCCGAUCUCCACACUGGACCUUCCCGGAACCUUCUGCAGAACAACAUGGCAUGCGCAGAGGCCGAGCAUACAAAAGAGAAAGAGCAGUUGAGCCUAGAACUCGAUGCAGCAAGAGCAGAACUUGAAAAUGUGAAGAGGCUCCAUGAGAAGGAGGAAGGCGACAAGGAGUUGAUGCAAGUUCGGUCUAGUAACAUCACGAGGCAGGAGAUGCAAAGACUACAAAACGAACUCGAGACUGAACGGAUCAGUCUAAGGGCAGCUGUGAGGGAGCGCGAUCAGCUACGCAUCGACAUCGAUAAUAGCAAUGCGAGGAACAACCAGCUAGCUAGGGAACUGCAAGAAGAGAAAAGGUUAAGAGAUAGUGAGAGAAAAGAACACGAAAGCAUCCUGGAGGACGUUAUGAAGUCCAAAGAACCAACCUCGGAUUCUGCAAACGACUUCCUUAUUACUGAAAACGAACGCCUUCGAACUGAGAACGCGAACUUCGGAGCCGCAGCCACCGCCGCGCGAGGACCGCCUAUGCCUCAAUCCAUCUUCACAUCUCCCUCCUCCGAAUUGUCGCAGCAAUGCCCAUACCCCUCCAUCUUCGCCGCUGAACUCUCUCAACCUUCGCAGCUUCUCUCUCCCGCCCCUUCUUCCGUCACUUCAUAUGCGCUGACUACCACUGAGGAGCGCAAAGAAGAAAACAUCCGAAAGACCUACAUUAGAGUCAAGAGACGUUUCGACAACCUCCACGUGGCAGCCGGGAACUUGACCAACUGUACCAGAGGCAUGGAUCUUAGCAGUUUCGGGCAAUUUGGACAGUACUUGCGUCAGUUGAAGAGGGCGUUGGAUGAGGAUGCGAAGAAAAGUGUGGAAAAGAAGGAAGACGAAGAUGCGAAGUGA